CAUUUUGUAUAAGUACAAUUCACACGACAAUAAUAGUAAUAAUUGUUAUUUGUUAUUAUUGUCUAGAUAUUUUGACCGGGAGACAUUAUUCGUCAUUAUAUUUUUAAAUAAUAUACCGUAUUAUUUUGAAUCUGGAUCGGUUGCAUCCUACACGCACCUCAAACUGUUCAAGAGCAGACGUUCGCCUACCAGCCAACUGCCGCAAUGUCUGAUUCCGUGGGUUGGUGCUUAAUCGAAAGCGAUCCCGGGGUGUUUACAGAACUGAUUCGCGAACUUGGCGUGACCGGAGCUCAGGUUGAAGAAUUAUGGACACUGGACAGCAGCUUGUUUGACGCAAUCAAGCCUGUACACGGUUUAAUAUUCCUUUUCCGGUGGAUAGGAGAAGACCAACCUGAUGGACCGAUUGUCAGGGAUUCGAGAAUUGAAAAGUUAUUUUUCGCUAAACAGGUUAUAAAUAAUGCUUGUGCUACACAGGCUAUUUUAAGUGUAUUAUUUAACUGUCAUCAUCCAGAUAUUGAACUUGGCACUACCCUAAGCGAAUUCAAAGAGUUUUCUCAAAAAUUUGAUGCUAAUAUGAAAGGUUUGGCCUUAAGUAAUUCACAAAAAAUUCGCUCAGUGCAUAAUUCUUUUGGAAGGAGCAAUUCUAUUUUUGAAUUUGAUGAUACUGCUAAACCAAAAUCAAAAGAUGACGAGGCUUAUCAUUUUGUCGCAAUUGUGCCUAUUGAAGGUCGUCUUUAUGAAUUAGAUGGAUUGAAAGAAGGUCCAAUUGACUUAGGAUUAAUAAAACCCAAUACAGAUUGGGUUGAAGCUGCAAAACCAUUUAUUGAAAAAAGAAUAAAUAAAUAUAAGGAAGGAGAAGUUCAUUUUAACUUAAUGGCAGUAGUAUCCGACAGGAAAUUAAUUUUGGAACAACGACUAUUGAGCCUUAAAACAGAAGAAUUGGAUGAAGCAACCAAAAUUUCUGAAGAAAGUAACAUCCGUAUGAAAAUUGCUGAUGAGGAAGACAAAAUGAAACGAUACAAAAUUGAAAAUGCUCGCCGUAAACAUAAUUAUUUACCAUUAAUUGUGGAAAUAUUGAAGUUAUUAGCCAAAGAUGGAAAGUUGGUACCAUUGUACGAAAGAGCUAAAGCAAAAACCUUAGAAAAAGAAAAACAAAAAAUUGGCAAAGUAUAAUUAAAGAUGGUCAUAUGAAAACCUCAAAAAAUAAAAACAAAAAUUGUAAAAUUGUUUGUGAUUAAGACCAAUACCAAUUGAUAUUACAGAGUGAUACAUAUACUUGUAAUUUUUUUUAUGUAUAUAUUAUAAAUUAUAAUUAUGUACCCGUUUGUUCUAAUAUAAAUUUGUCAACUGAUGUUGCCAAAAAUACAAACAUUAACACUUUCUUUAAAAGAAUUAAAUUUAUGAAAUAUUUA